AUGAAGCUUCUUCCGGCCGUCCUCGGCCUCCUCCUCCUCCUCCUCGUUCUGAAUCCCAAUGGCGUGGAGGCCCGGCCUGCACCUACCGGCGGCCAUGAGAAGAAGCCGUCGAGCGCCACCUUCUUCGUGUUCGGGGACGACUUCGUCGACAACGGAAACCUCCCUCUGACCGACCCCGUCACUGAGAUGUCGCGGCAAUGGGCCUACCCCUACGGCUCAAACUACGUCGAUGCCGAUGGGUUUCCGCGGCCGAACACUCCGUCGGGCCGCUUCUCAAACUAUCAAGUCCAGUCUGACUUCAUUGCAACCAUGUUGGGAUUGGAGGAAGCCCCUCCGGCACAUGCCUUGACGGCGGAGAAAACCUGCGACCCGUCCGGCAUGACCUUCGCUACUGGUGGUGCAAGUGUGUUAGGCAGUACAUCAUACGAGAUCUCCACCCUCGUCAAGCAGGUCGAGACUUUUAAAAAGAUGGUUAAGGACGGAACCAUCACACAAAAGGAACUGAGUCGGUCCGUAGCACUAGUGGCCUUCUCCGGAAAUGAUUAUGCAGGAACCAACGUCAUUGGUCUAAGUAGCCCCAACGAUAUUAAUGCUUAUAUUGGGAAGGUGACAAACGAGAUUGCAGCUAAUGUGGAUCAAUUGUUGAAGCUCGGGGUAACAAAGGUUCUUGUCAAUAAUUUACACCCAAUUGGCUGCAUGCCAUCACACACCCGAACCAACAACUACACCGCCUGCGAUAUAUUUGGAAACUUGGGUGCAUCCAUCCAUAACAAUAAUCUGAAACAAGUUAUGACGUCAAAGAAGAAUGUCUACAUCGUUGAUCUGUACAUCGCCUUCACUAAUAUUGUUGAUCAUGCAGCAGGUAAAGGCUCAGAGAUAUCCAAGCAAUUCAAGCGCAAACUAUCGCCGUGUUGCGAAAGUUUGAACUUAGAAGGUUAUUGUGGACAGCAAGGCGAGUCAUCCUCAGAGCUACUUUACACUAUGUGUGAUAAGUCGAACAAAUUUUUCUAUUGGGAUGACAAGCACCCUACACACGCAGGAUGGGAGGCUGUCAUGAAACAGUUGGAAAAACCCUUGAGGGAGUUUGUAAAUCAAUCCUAG